AUGGGGAUACAAGACCUUCAAACGUUUUUAGAGAACGAAGGUGUUGGUGUAGAUUUAUUUCGAAUCGCUAGAAACCACGCCGGAGGGUUCCGCUUGGUGCUUGACGCUGAAGGAUGUUUAGAUCGACUUUAUGGAGGAUAUUUUUCAGAUUGGGCUUGUGGUGGUCAAUGGGCACGAUGUGUCCAGUUUUUGACCACUCUUGCACAGGCAUUGGCUGAACAUCAAGUUGCUUUAUGUGUAUGUUUUAAUGGUGCACACCCUACUCCACCUGCUUUGCCUCACCAUUGGAUUCAAACUCAGGCUACAUACCGACAGAGGGUUAAUUCUGUUCUCCGCCACAUUGCAACCAAAGGUACCCCACCUCCUAAGGUCUGGUGGGUACCACCCAUGGGACUGCAUUCAUGUCUUCGGACAGCACUUAGAUAUCUUAACAUCCCAAUUAUGGUAUCUUCUGAUGAUCAUUGCCAAGAAGUGGUUGGACUUUGUCGGGAAAAAACAUAUGCUGGUCUCAUCGGUUGCUCUGGGGAAUAUUUAGUAUUUCAACCACCAAGGUACUUCAGCUCGUCCCAACUGAAACUGACAUACAGGUCGUCAUUGGAGACUAAAGAAUAUAUGGUACAUGAGCUACCUCAAGUUCUAGAUGUACCACAGGACCGACUAUGUCUUAUGGCAGCUUUACUUGGAGGGACAAUCCUCUCAGAGCAGAGCCUCACUGACUUUUAUAAACGUUUAGGAAUCACUCAAAAAAAGCAACAGGUUCCACCAGAAACUCUAGUAAAGGCUGUAUGUCAGUUUGUAAAAGAAUUGUCAUCUUCUGAUGUUGAUGCUGCAUGUAUCGAUGUAUUUGGUGAUCUGAAUGACCUCCGCGCUGCCAAACUCAAACAAGCUGUGCAAUACUAUUUAAAUGGGACUAAGGAUGGAUUCUUAAAAUAUAGAACUGCAUCUGGUCGACGUCCCAAGCCUAGCAAAAAAGGCCAAAAACCAGACAUAAGCCCACAGUCAACUUCAACAGAUCUAGACACAUCCAAGCUGGCUACUGAAUCAACUGAACAUGAGCUAAAAGGCUUGGAAGAUUACAAAUUGGCUACAGCGAAUGCGUCCAUGAGUGCCGAUUUAAGUAUGGAAGAAAGAAGCUUCGAUAUUCUUCACGGAAUGGCAGCGAUGUCAGUGGAAUCCGGAGAAGCGGGUCCAGCAAAGCAGCAAUCUACAACUCCAGGCGAUAAAAUCGAAAAGCAAACAACCACUAGUCGUGAGGGUCGCCAGACUGUAAAGCAUUUUCAGUAUGAAGAUAACUGCUCCCCCGCCCCGGCUGAGGUGUUGCGUACAUGCGCCGAGCGUCAUGCGCGCGGGCUCAUGCACCCGCAUAUGCUCUCGAUCUUAACACAUCGUCAAGUCACCUUGCCUGUGCUUAUGGAGGAUGACAACCACCGUGAAAUACCCUCUAUACAUCACUUCUUCAGGCCCAUUCGACAAAAUGUUUAUGCUAUUCUGUAUAAUAUGCAUCAUCACCGUUUUAUGGCACAAAAAGCUAAAGAAGAAGGAUCUACUAGCUCAUCAUCAGGUGUUGAUCGCCCAUGUACUGUGCAAAUAUCAGAAUGGAUCUAUUCACGUGUGAAUCCUGGCAAGAGUCCUGAAAUUGUGCCUGGAAUUGUACUUGACUGGCCUGUACCAACGGUGCAAAGGCUUUGGUUCGGAACCGCACAAGAUGAUAAAUGCCGACGUAUGAGGGCCUUCCUCUCGUGCAUGCGAUCCGAUACUCCAUUGAUGUUAAAUACGUCAUAUGUGCCCCAACAUCUACUCAUAUUAGCGACCGUAUUGAGGUUUAUUAUGACUUCUCAAAUUCAGAUUUUAAGGAGACAAGAGCUGGAUGCAUUUUUGGCGACAGCUUUCUCAAACGAUCUUAUGAAUGCUUUGCAUUUGCAAGAGAUGACCGUAAGUGUAAACAAUGUAAACGGCAUUAAUUCUCGCGGUGUACAACUGGGGGCUCUGGUUAUGGCUGGCGCAGAAGCAGCGCUGCUAGCUAACGACGCUUGUGGCGCUCCAGUACCGUGGCUCGUAGCCGCCCCCUGGCUCUACUUCGACGGCAAGCUUUUGCAACGUAAUCUCCAUCGUGCCAAUCAUUGCAAACACUUAGCUCAACUUUGCGAUAAUCAUCUCGACACCGUCGUUAAGGUAGAACGUAUGCGCAAAGCGAUCCUGGAGGGGUUGGAGGUGGAAUUUGCGAUGCCGCCUCUGCCGCUGGUGGCGGGCGUGGUGGGCGGCGCGCUGGGCGCGUGGGGCCGCGGGCGCGGGCGCGGCGCGCGCCUCGAGAUCGCCGGCGUCGUCGUGGGCCAAUGGGGCGGCGGCAGCUACCCGGCGCGCACCGCCAGGUACCCGCAGGUGAGUUACGUGGGCUACACUCCUCCGCCGCGCAACGCGUACGGAGGGCGCGGAUGGCGCGGUACCCGCGGAGGUCGCGGUCGAGGGCGCGGGCGCGGCACGGCCGCCGCCGCCGGUCCUGCAGCGCGCAGCACGCGUCGUUCCCGUCGCGAUCAGGACGAGCCCGCCAAACCGGCCACUCUCACAGUUAACGGGAAAACGGUGAGGUCCGAUGAGAUGGGCAGCCAAAUAGAAGAGGGCAGCCCGCACGAGGAUAAUUCCGCUCUCGACACCGACGCCGAUGGUGCCCAGCCGCAGAAAGUAAAGACUGCAAAAAAUGCCAAGAAGAAUAUAGGCAAAGGAAAGAAGAAGAAUUACAAUCAGAAGUCCGAGAUCGCUCAAACGUUGGAGACGAACGGCCCACUUGAUAAAAAUAAGGUGGCGGAGCAAUGCCACAAUUCUGAAAAGGAACACAUUGGUCAAGGGGAUGCACCAGUUUCAAACUAA